AAAAAAUAUUGAAAAACAAGUCACAUCUUUGCAACUGAUUUAGUCCAUCAAGGAGGGCAAACUAGAAGCAUACAGAAAGGCUGCGAUUGCAAAGCCUAGCAUCAUGAGCACUGCAGGGAAAGUCAUCAAAUGUAAAGCAGCCGUACUCUGGGAACCUAAGAAACCAUUUAGCAUUGUGGAAAUAGAAGUGGCCCCACCAAAAGCACAUGAGGUUCGCGUUAAGAUUUUGGCAACUGGAAUCUGUGGCUCAGAUGACCACAUAGUGAGUGGUUCAUUAAAAGUUAACUUUCCCAUUAUUCCUGGCCAUGAAGCAGUUGGUGUUGUGGAGAGUAUUGGGGAAGGAGUUACCUGUGUGAAACCAGGAGACAAAGUCAUCCCACUGUGUCUCCCACAAUGUGGAAAAUGCAUCCCUUGCAAGAAUCCUGAAGGCAACCUGUGCAAAAAGAACGACUUUGUCGAAAUUAAAGGAUUAAUGUACGAUGGCACCAGCAGAUUCUCUUACAAAGGGAAGCUAGUUCACAGUUUUAUUAGCUCCAGCACCUUUACUGAAUACACUGUGCUGCAUGAGGAUUCAGUGACCAAAAUUGAUCCUGCAGCUCCUCCUGAGAAAGUGUGUCCCAUAGGCUGUGCAUUUUCUACAGGCUAUGGUGCUGCCAUCAAAUCUGCAAAGGUGAAGCCUGGUUCUUCCUGUGCUGUUUUUGGUCUGGGGGGAGUUGGCCUCUCUGUGGUCAUGGGCUGUAAAGCAGCUGGAGCAUCACGAAUCAUUGGGAUUGAUAUCAACAAGGAUAAAUUUCCUCUAGCUAAAGAGCUGGGAGCCACUGAGUGUGUCAACCCUCUGGAUUUCAAGAAGCCCAUCAAUGAAGUGGUGCUGGAUAUGACUGAUGGGGAAGGUGUGGACUAUUCAUUUGAAGUGAUUGGACGCACUGACACCAUGAUUGCAGCCUUGGCCUCCUGCAACCUGAACUAUGGCACAAGCGUGGUUGUGGGAGUAGCUCCUUCAGCAUCUGAGAUUACUUUCUCUCCCUCACUUCUCUUCACAGGACGCACUUGGAAGGGCUCUGUAUUUGGAGGCCUGAAAAGCAAAGAUGAUGUUCCUAAACUGGUUUCAGAAUUCAUGGCAAAAAAGUUUGUUCUGGACCCACUAAUUUCCCAUGUUCUGCCUUUUGAUCAAAUCAAUGAAGGUUUUGAACUGCUCCAUAAAGGGAAAAGUAUUCGCUGUGUUCUGGUGUUUUGAAGACCCCAGCCAUGAAGAAAAUACAAAACAGUGGAUUUUGCCAGCUGAGUUCCCAUCAGAUCAACAGACUACACACUUUGUAAUGGGACAUCUGUGCAAAAGAUGGGACCUUGCAGACUGAUCCCAAAAUGAUUACAUCCCUCUCUGUGUAUAAAAGAAAGAAAUUAAAAACAAGACUUGUCCUGUGCUUCAUAUUUUCUGUA